AACUUAAAUGAAGGUGGGGUACCCUUAAGCUUCAACUGUUGAACAGCAAGAAGCUCGUGUCGGCGGUAAAGAAGAAAUAUUUUACGAGGCAGUAUGGAUCAACUCUGCAAACUUUUUGUCGGCGGUCUGAACGUGGAGACCAACAAAGAUGGACUCCAGGCGCAUUUUGAACAGUACGGAACUCUUACCGACUGCGUAGUGGUCAUGAACGAACAAUUACAGCGGUCUCGUUGCUUCGGGUUUGUAACAUACUCCUCCGCCGAGGAGGCAGAUGCAGCAAUGGCCGCUAGGCCACAUGUUGUUGAUGGCCGAAACGUGGAGUUGAAGAGAGCUGUUGCACGGGACGAUGCAGGUAAACCCGAAGCGCUUGCGAAAGUGAAGAAAGUCUUUGUUGGUGGGCUGAAGGAGGACAUCGAGGACGAAGACCUCAAUGAAUAUUUUGGUAAAUUUGGUGUUGUUGAGAAGGUCGAGAUCAUUACCGACAAAGACACCGGUAAGAAACGAGGCUUCGGCUUUGUUCACUUUGAUGAUAACGACUCCGCCGAUAAAGCGGUUGUCCUGAAGUUUCAUACCAUCAAGGGACACAAAGUUGAAGUUAAAAAGGCCCUCACAAGACAUGAGAUGCAAGCUGCGAGCAGGGGAGGAAGGGGAGGAAGAGGAAUGCCAAGAGGUAUGGGAAGAAAUCAAAAUGGCUACGGCGGUGGCCGAGGUGGUUACGAAAGCUACGGCGGAGGUUAUGGCUACGGAAGCAGUGAUGGCGGCUAUGGCGGAGGCUAUGCAAGUGGAGGAUACGCUGGAGGUUACGGCGCGGCCUAUGGCGGUGGCUACGCAGAUCAAAGCGGAGGCUACGGUGGCGGAAAUGGCUACAGUGACUUUGGCAGUGGUUAUACCCAACAGCCCUCAGGCUACGGGCCCAUGAAGGGAGCAGGCGGCUACGCAGCUCGGGGCAGCGCUACCUAUCCCAGAGGAGGUGGAGGGGGCUAUGCUGCCAGAGGCGCAUAUGGUGCCCCGUACUGCGCCUCGGAUUGUUUAAACCGUACGUUACCGGUGAUAGUUCAGUCGAGCCUUUCGGAGAAUUGUGGAAAAAUGUCCGCUCAACUAUGUAAGUUGUUCGUCGGUGGACUGAAUGUCCAGACCACAGAUGCAAGUUUGCGACAGCAUUUUGAGCAGUAUGGAACGAUCACCGAUUGCGUAGUGGUUCAGAAUCAGUCGUUACAGCGGUCUCGUUGUUUCGGCUUUGUAACAUACUCAACCACGGAGGAGGCAGAUGCAGCUAUGGCCGCUCGGCCACAUGUUGUAGACGGCAACAACGUGGAUGUGAAAAGAGCGGUCGCUCGGGAGGACGCUGGUAGGCCAGAAGCAUUGGCAAAGGUGAAGAAAAUAUUCGUUGGUGGACUUAAAGAUGAUAUCGAGGAGGAACAUCUGAAUGAAUAUUUUUCACAGUACGGCACAGUUGAGAAAGCCGAAGUCAUCACCGAUAAAGAGACCGGCAAGAAGCGUGGUUUCGGCUUUGUCUAUUUUGAAGAUAACGAUUCCGCCGACAAAGUAGUUGUUCUUAAGUUUCAUACGGUUAAUGGACACAAGGUAGAGGUGAAGAAAGCUCUUACUAAAGAAGAGAUGCAAGCAGCAGGCCGUCGUGGUGGUGGAAGGGGCAGAGGAGGCCGAGGAAUGAGUCGGCCUCAAAAUGGCUACGGUGGCGGAAGAGGAGGUUAUUACGGAGGCUAUGGCAAUGAUGGCGGCUAUGGAAGCGGAUACGGCGGCGGCUAUGGAACCCAAGGCGGCUAUGGCGGUGGAUACGAUCAGAUGGGGGGCGGCUAUGGCAAUGGGAACGGUUACAGUGACUUUGGAGAGGACUAUGCUCAACAGCCCUCCGGUUAUGGUCCAAUGAAGAGCGGUAAUUAUGCCGCUGGUAGGGGUGGGGGGCCAUAUGCGCGCGGAGGAGGUGGAUACGGAAGGGGGGUACGCUGGUUAUUGAAUCAUGCACCAUUGAGGGAUGCACAUAUUUUGGGACUUCAGAACACAAAUUAUUGCAAAGGUUGGAGGAAUUCUCCCUCAUCUUACUUUUUGUCGCAGUUUAAACUGGUUUCAUUAAACGCACCCAUGGAAAAUCAACUUUGCAAAUUGUUCGUCGGUGGACUGAAUGUUCAGACCACCAACGAGGGUCUCCGCAAACAUUUCGAGCAGUACGGCGAGCUGACGGAUUGUGUUGUGGUGCAGAACCAAGCGUUGAAACGAUCUCGCUGCUUCGGCUUUGUGACCUACUCAACACCGGAGGAGGCGGAUGCUGCCAUGGCAGCUAGGCCACACGUUCUGGACGGUAACAACGUUGAAUUGAAAAGGGCCGUGGCACGAGAAGAUGCGGGCAGGCCAGAGGCCCUUGCUAAAGUCAAGAAAAUUUUUGUCGGGGGUCUCAAAGAUGAUAUUGAAGACGAACAUCUCCUUGAAUGCUUCUCCCAGUUCGGCGCCAUCGAGAAAGCAGAGGUGAUUACUGACAAAGAUACAGGUAAAAAGCGUGGGUUUGGAUUCGUCUACUUCGAAGAUAACGAUUCUGCUGAUAAAGCUGUUGUGUUGAAGUUUCACACUAUCAACGGCCAUAAAGUAGAAGUGAAGAAAGCCCUAACCAAACAAGAGAUUCAAGCUGCUGGUAGCCGCGGCGGUCGAGGUAGAGGCGGGCGUGGAAUGGGAAGAUCCCAAAACGGCUACGGCGGUGGAAGAGGUGGUGGCUACGGGAAUUACGGAGGUGGCUACGGAGGCAACGAUGGCGGCUACGGAGGUGGCUAUGGAGGUGGAUACGGUGGCGGUUACGGGGGUGGCUAUGGAGACCAAAUGGGAGGCUAUGGCGGAGGCAACGGCUACAAUGACUUUGGAAGUGGCUAUGGCCAGCAGUCGUCUGGCUAUGGUCCAAUGAAAGGUAAUUACUCGGGCAGAAGCAGCGCUCCUUACUCCCGAGGCGGUGGUGGUUACGGCAGGGGGGGUUAUGGAGGCUCAUAUUAGGAAUCCUGGUCAGUCGUACAACAGAGCAGCUCCAUCCCCUAGCCAAAAUCUAAAUGGCCGCUUAAAUAUCCCAUCCAUUAAGUAGCUCCCAGCCGUAUUUUCGGCAGGGACAUGACUGGAUCACUGAACCCCAUUUUCUGGUACAGUCAACAAACCUCAGCUAUCACAGGCUGGUUUAAUCAGGUCAGGUGUUUCUUACCAGAGCCCAACCAUACAUCGUCUCAUAGUGAAACAUCAAAUCUUUAAGAGACACGGCCAUUACUCCUCAGUCGCUAAUAAACUAGGCCUGGUUUACCAACGCGUAAUAGGACUACUACUUUGGAUUCUUUUUCAUUUUCCUUGGUGGGGGACCUACAAUGUUGCAGUUUGCUUUAUAAUGUCGUUUAUAGUAAUUCAGUUAAGAUAUUUCCUGUUGCUUGUUGGUGAAGGCCUGUUAUUUUUCCUUUUUAAGAUAUGUACUGUAAGUUCUAUUUUAUUUUAAAAUAUGUAUUUAAGUUGACGUGUUGAUCUUCAGACCCCCAUGUAUGAUUAGAAAUGGCCAAGUAGUUAAUUACAGUGAACUUGAUUUAGUCCUUAGUUCUGCAUCAAAUCAGGUUGUUGGCAUCUAGAUCUUAUUCGGAGUUCGUACACCUCUUGGACAUUUCUAUUCAAGUAUUCGAUAGCAUUGAUGGCCACCGUUGUGUUCUGGUCACAAUGUGAUAAAAGUACCUAAACGCAGCAUUAUAAGGACUAGGUCACGUUACUUUUAAAUACUCUAGGUUCACUGCCGUUGUUACUGACAGAAUAUGUUGAAUAUCCGUUGUAGUGAUUGAGCUGUGACUCCUAUUAGUGUGAUUGUAAAGCAAUUUAAGUAGUUUUAACGUUAUUCUAGAUAUAUGGACAUUUUUUUUCUUAGUUGUUGCGGUGAUCGUGUUCUUUAAGACAGAGGAAGUAUCUGAAAAUUUUCCAGGUGUUCUAUUUCACAGACUUUAUUUUAAAAGGAUCUCACAAAUCUCAGAAGAAGCUGACUUUAUGCAUCUGUUUCAUUGUAUUACUGAUACACAGAUUAAACCUAUUAAAACAUGUUUAUUUCAGAUACCA